GCGCAAGGACUCAGUGCUUCUUCAUCAAUUAAAGCGCAGUUCACGUUUACAUUCGUAAUCGUACUGUACGACGCCGAGUACCUGCUCACUGAGUUACACUUAUGAAGUCUCCCUGCAGCACAGCCGGCAUGGGAACCCAAAGAAAGGACAGCUUCCUCUGGGGGAAAGCACCUUCAGCUUUCAAUUCAAAUGACAAGAGGCAGACUGACGUCCAUAAGCAUGUGAUUCUAGAUGAUAUUCAGAAACUCAGGCUGGAGAUCGAAAACAUGAUGUCAGAAAUUCAAACGAUGGAGUCCGAUGAUGAGAAUAAAAAUGUAAUGAAGAACAAGAGAAUCCAGUGUGGAAAAAAGAAGUUUAACAUGGACCCAGAAAAGGGUAUCCAGUACCUUGUGGACAAUGAGCUUCUGGAGUGGAAACCAGAGGCUGUGGCAGAGUUCCUCUAUAAAGAAGAAGGCCUCAAUAAAACAGCUAUUGGCAACUUUUUAGGAGAAAGGGAGGAGAUCCAUCUUCAGAUCCUGCAGGCCUUUGUUGACCUUCAUGAGUUCUCAAAUCUUAAUCUAGUUCAGGCUUUGAGGCAGUUCUUGUGGAGUUUCCGUCUACCUGGCGAGGCUCAGAAGAUCGACCGCAUGAUGGAGGCCUUUGCUCUGCGGUACUGCACCUGUAACACUGGGGUUUUUCAGUCCACAGACACUUGUUACAUCCUUUCCUUCGCUAUUAUCAUGCUCAACACAAGUUUGCACAACCCCAAUGUGAAAGACAAGACCACACUAGAACGUUUCAUCAGCAUGAACAGAGGAAUCAACCAUGGAGAAGAUCUUCCUUAUGAACUACUCGAGAAACUUUACGAGAGCAUUAAGAACGAACCCUUUAAGAUCCCAGAAGAUGACGGCAAUGAUCUCACUCACACCUUCUUCAAUCCUGACCGAGAGGGCUGGCUUCUAAAAGAAGGUGGCAGAAUAAAGACCUGGAAGCGGAGGUGGUUUAUUUUGACUGAUAGCUGUCUCUACUAUUUUCAAUAUACCACCGACCAAGAACCAAAAGGAAUCAUCCCACUAGAGAAUUUAUGUGUUAGAGAAGUGGAUGAUGCAAACAAACAGUUCUGUUUGGAGUUGUUCAGCCCUCAUCGUAAAGGAGAGACGAUAAAGGCAUGUAAAACCGAGACAGACGGCAGAGUUGUGAUGGGCAAACAUCACUCCUACAGACUCAGUGCUGCUUCUGAAGAGGAGUGUGCUGACUGGAUCCAGGCCAUCAGAGCUUGCAUCACAAAAGACCCUUUCUAUGACCUGGUAUCUGCACGCAAGAAGAAGAUCAUCGGCCACGCUGAACACCACGAUUGAAGCUGACUGGUGAACUGAGGGGUCUGAUCGUUUAAACAGCUGCGCACAGACAUGGAUUCAGAGGCCUGAAUGAGCUGGAAAUGAUGAAUGAGGUUCUCAGGGUGCUGAUUCUCUCUCUCUCUAUCAGAGGUCACCGCUGCUGUGUGUGCAGCCUCAGGGUUGGUUUACACAGUGGUGUUGUGGUCAGGCUUUCUGUGAAAAAAUAUUUUCCUAUUUAUUUAACGCUUACGAGAAAUUAGAUUUUAUUUGUGAAAUAUCCAUGUCUAAACAUGAAACCGUUUUGUAUAAUGUUGCUGGUCACUGUAGAAUUUGUUUCUGUUUCUGUUUAAGGAGAGACCCUGCAGGCAAAAACACUGUUUUUUCAUGCACCUGUCAAUUUUUAGAUCCAAAACAUCCAAAAACACUGUUAAGUGUUUCUUUUAUUGCACUUUAUCUAUUUGUGUCAAUAGUUUUUAAUUACAAUACAUAUUUUUAAAGGCCGUUUUCUCAAAAUUAUUUUUUUCUCCAACACUGAGCCAUAAAUCUACACUCCAGUAGCACGUACACAUUUUUAUUCCUGUCUAUAUUCUGAAGGUUUUUACAGAGGGCUUUAUUCAUAUAUAAUUUUCUUGAUUAUAUACAACAUUUAAUUCCCCCCAAAACUGUGAAAAUAUAUUGUUUUCUAGCUGUUUAAAGUAUUUUCUGAAUUAUGGAGUGACAAAAAGAGAUAACACAGAAUUCCCUCUGUAAAAACAUUUGACUGUAAUAAGUAAAAAAAAAAUUAAACAAGAAUUUUGAAACUUACUUCAUCCAGUGAUCAGAUUUUUGUAAUAGAAAUGUAUGAAAAUUAGCACAUAUUUAAUGAAAUAAUGCCUCAUUUGCAUAUUUAAACAUCACAUUUUAGAAAACUUGCAAUACAAAAAAUGUUAGCAAUUAUCAAUGUAAUCAAUCAACUUGGUAA